GAAGAAGAAGAAGAAGCAGAGGGUGAAGAAGAUGAAGAAGAAGAAGCAGAGGAUGAAGAAGAAGAAGAAGAAGAAGCAGAGGGUGAAGAAGAUGAAGAAGAAGCAGAGGGUGAAGAAGAUGAAGAAGAAGAAGCAGAGGGUGAAGAAGAUGAAGAAGAAGAAGCAGAGGGUGAAGAAGAUGAAGAAGAAGAAGCAGAGGGUGAAGAAGAUGAAGAAGAAGAAGCAGAGGAAGCAGAGGGUGAAGAAGAUGAAGAAGCAGAGGGUGAAGAAGAUGAAGAAGAAGAAGCAGAGGGUGAAGAAGAUGAAGAAGAAGAAGCAGAGGGUGAAGAAGAUGAAGAAGAAGAAGCAGAGGGUGAAGAAGAUGAAGAAGAAGCAGAGGGUGAAGAAGAUGAAGAAGAAGCAGAGGGUGAAGAAGAUGAAGAAGAAGAAGCAGAGGAUGAAGAAGAAGAAGAAGAAGAAGCAGAGGGUGAAGAAGAUGAAGAAGAAGCAGAGGGUGAAGAAGAUGAAGAAGAAGCAGAGGCAGAGGGUGAAGAAGAUGAAGAAGCAGAGGGUGAAGAAGAUGAAGAAGCAGAGGGUGAAGAAGAUGAAGAAGAAGCAGAGGGUGAAGAAGAUGAAGAAGAAGCAGAGGAUGAAGAAGAUGAAGAAGAAGCAGAGGAUGAAGAAGAAGAAGAAGCAGAGGAUGAAGAAGAAGAAGAAGCAGAGGAUGAAGAAGAAGAAGAAGCAGAGGAUGAAGAAGAAGAAGAAGCAGAGGAUGAAGAAGAAGAAGAAGCAGAGGAUGAAGAAGAAGAAGAAGCAGAGGAUGAAGAAGAAGAAGAAGCAGAGGAUGAAGAAGAAGAAGAAGCAGAGGAUGAAGAAGAAGAAGAAGCAGAGGAUGAAGAAGAAGAAGAAGCAGAGGAUGAAGAAGAAGAAGCAGAGGAUGAAGAAGAAGAAGAAGCAGAGGAUGAAGAAGAAGAAGAGGAAGCAGAGGAUGAAGAA